CAGGGUCUUUAUUGCUGUGCAAUAAAGAGGGAUUGAAUGCUUCCCAAAAAUAACGUGUUUUUAGGUUUCAGCUGAAUCCCUGUCCUGAACUGGCUGAGUUUGCUGCUCACGUAACUAAAUACUUUUUGACUUGCGGGAGGUACUGGAAAGACCCAAGACUGGAGAGGUGAGGGGGAGAAAGAAGACUUACYAUUCAAAGUGAUGGCAGCAACAGGUUUCUUGUUAGCAGGUAGGUUACCAUCCUUGGUGUAACACCUGUGGCAAAAGCUUUACUAUUGGGAUCUUACAAAAUCUUUGUGUAAAUUUGUAUUGGUGUAUUAUUGAGUCACAACUUGAGUGUGAAGUGUUGCAGUAAAUGAGGUGACAUCAGGMUCGCUACUGGUCACCAGUGGGGUCCCACAGGGCUCCAUCUUAGGCCCAGUGCUCUUCAGUAUCUUCAUUAACAACUUACAUGCAGGACAGGAAGGGAUGCUAAGUGAGUUUGAUGACACUAAAUUGGAAGGAGCUGUUGGCUCCCUCAAAGGCAGAGASACYGUGACAAAUUAGAGAGAUGGGCAAUCACUGAUAAGAGAGAGAAGUGCCAGAUUCUGCAUGUGGGAUGGGGGAACCCUGGAUGUACAGACAGACUGAGAAAUGAGAUGCCGAAAAGCAGUGCCACAGAAAGGGACCUGGGGGUCCUGGUAGAUGGAAAGUUGAAUAUGAGCCAGCAGUACCCUGGCAGCCAGGAGGGCCAACUKUGUCCUGGAAGGCAUCAGGCCCAGCAUCGCCAACUAGGCAAGGGAGGGGAUUGUCCCACACUGCUCUGCRCUGGGGCAGCCUCUCCUCAAGUGCUGGGGGCAGUUUYGGGCACCACAAGAAAGAUACAAAGCUGUUAGAAUGUCCAAAGAAGGGCAAGGAAAUGGUGAAGUGCCUUGAGAAUGGCUGAGGUCACUUGAUYUAUUCAGUCUAGAGCAGAGGAGACKGAGGAURGACCUCAUGGUGSUCUUCAUUCUCACAAAGGGAAGAGCAGGGACUCAUCUCUGAGAUSAGUCCCUGGUGACAGGUCCCCAGGGAACAACAUGAAGCUGUWUCAGGAGAGGUUUACAUUUGCUACUAGGAAAAUGUUUUUUAUCCGSAGGAUGGUUGAGCACUGAGAUUAGCUCAGUUGGUUAAAGCAUGGGCCUAUAACACCAAGGAUGUGGGCUCAGUCCCUGGAUGGACCAUUCAUUUAAGUGUURGACUUGAUGAUCCUUGUGAAUCCCUUCCAUCUCAGAAUAUUCUGUGACCUGGGAACUCAAGAUAUUCAUUCUAUGAUUCUUUUGAAAGCUUUUGUGUGGAGAUUUAAACUUAUAAAUCCCAAUUAAAAUAUCCAAACUAGAUCUAAGGGUACAGUGCAGGUUUGCCUUUACUCAUUUUUUUUCAAGAUCAUUUUAGUAACAUUCCUGCAAGUUUAAAKACAAGAAUAUAGCUGUAUCAUGAAACCCUGCAGUUUAAUAAAUGUUUAUGUAUGCACUAACAUUACACAACAUACUUGGUCAUAGCUGUUUUUCUGUAGUUUUUAGGAUAUAAAUUCAUCUGUGACAUCAUUAUUAUGAAUGAUUAAUUACAGCUUUAUAUAAUCCUUCAUGCACUUGGUAUUGGGGAAGAAGGUCAGUAUUCCAAAGGGUAUUCACUCCAGAAACUAUUUUCACUGCAUUCUUUAGCACUGAUUUUCCCCCCAACCAUUAUUACUAUAAUUAUAGAAAUUUUUAUAUUUUGAAAAUAGAAAAUGUGAAAAAUGCUUUAUUUUAUUGGUUGGUUUUGAAGGACUUCAGCCUUGACAAAGGUAGAAGCUGGUCUUUUCCUAAGUAGAACCACUAGAUGGCAUUCCAGAAGAGGAUUUUGCAGAAGUUAACGAACACUAUUUUCACAUUAGAAAUAUUAAGAGAUUACAGACUUUAAUGAGGGCCUAUGCUGUCAUAUGAGUAAUGAAAAUUAAUGCAUAGGUAAUAAGUAUUGAGCUGACCUGAGAGGAAUCARGAUAAAUUWAAAAAACCCCAAAGUUUKAAUAUGAUACUGGCAUGAAAUACUGAAGUGGGGGGGAGAAAAAAAUUUGCCAGAAUAUGGUGGCAACUCUUGGAAUUCUUUUUCACUCUUCCAUAACUGAGACAUUUGCUGAACUCUUUUCUUGUUCAGUUAUUUUCUCUACUUCUAAAGAUGUAUUUAUMAUGUGACUUAAAAUAAGCUCAUUAAUUGUGUUCCAGGGGAGAGGAGGUUUUUUUUCUUGGUCCAUAGCUGAUGAAAUUUGAUAUAUGGCUUUUUAAAACUCAGUUUCACUGAUGGAAGCGUACUCUCAUUUUGCUUUCACAAAUGCACAUCGAUGUCUUCAAUAAAGAACCUAAUUUAUUUCAAGAUGCAUAUGCUAUCAAGGCAUAAUCUGAAKGCUGACUAAUGAUUUUGCUUGAUUUUUCUCCUUUAAUUGUUGGAAAUACAUGAUGAUGCAAAAGAUUUUAUCAUAUGUGGUAAGGUUUAGAGUURACAAACUUUAGAUUUUUAAAAUACUUUGAGGUCAUCUCAUUGAAGUCAUCAUUGAGUCAUCAGUGAGUGAAAAAUUACUUUAUCUGCAAGGAUGGGACCUGAUAGAGACAGAACCUGUUAGACCAGAAAAACAGUUUUUCCAUCAGCAGAGUAGAGCAGCAAGUAGUGAGGGUUUUGCCAUUAAUAACCUGCCAUCAAUGCUGCUUAACCUAUCCUGAGUGGCUGUGUUCUGRACCCAAAACCAAUAGGUGAUGAGUAAAAGCUGCUUUUUAUUAUUAUUUUAUUAUUCAAGGUUUAUAUGCURUUUUAUUAUAAAAAUAAUGAAAAAUCAUUGCAACUUGAAAAUUAAUUUGAAUUGACUAUAUAAUAGUGAGAGAGUGUCACAAAUGAUAGUAUCUUUCUAUAGGAGCAGUGGUGAUCCUAUUCUGGGAGUUCAAUCCAGAUUUUAGAAAAAAAGAGUCUUAGCAGUGGUAAUGGGAAUUUUCUGUCCUCUUGAUGGGAAGCAGGCUCGCGUUCAAGAGUCUUACAAUGUCUGUGAAACGUGGCAACAGUGCUCAUGGCAUACAGUUAUUGAGUAUCAAUACAAAUUCAAUGUGUGCUAAAAUGCUUUUUUCAGGAUUCCCUGGAAUUGCGACACAGAACUGUGYAUUUCACAUCUGAAAGUUGUGUGAAUUGACUGUGUGUUUCCUGUAGCAUGCUGAAACAUUUGCAGGAAUUGUGUCAGAAAAGGCACCUAAGAACCAGGAAAUUAAAAUUCAUAUGGUUUUCAUUCUGAUUUACAUGUCUUUAAUUUGCACUUAGCAGCCUCAGUCCUCACAMCACAGACCUUCCAGGGAGAACAGCACCAUGAGGCACAAAUCGUCUCACGGGUAGGCACUGCCACAGAACUCGGAAGUGAUGGUGUGCGAGGGCUGGCAACACACACACUACACACUUUCACUAUACACAAGAGUUCUCGGGGUUUAGUAAAACUUCUGCUACUAUCUGUAGUAUGAACUAAAAGGAAUAACGGUGUUUUCAUACAUUCGUGCCGCUCUGGGCUGGUAAGAGCUCAUCAUCGUCCUGCUGAGGGUCACAGUAGGCACGGCACUGCCGGCGCGCCAGCACUGGGGCACUGCAGGCCGCCAGCAGGGCUGCUGCAGGUGCUGUGGGGCUGGAGGGAACCAKGGAGCUGCUCGUUCUUUGGCAUCGCUUCCCUUUCCCUCUCCUCCGGGCCCUUCCCGUCCCUGGUGCGUUUUCAGUCAGCACGGCCCGCCCCGUUCCGCAGUACGCACGCUCCCGCUCCCCGCUGGCCCGGGCCGGUUGCCGUGGCUACCGCCCCACCGCCGUGGCGAGCAGCGCCCGCCCGGAGCGCCGCGGGGCCCGGAGGCAGAGAACGAGAGGUAAAAAGAACUGUGCCGGCUACCUGCCUUGGACUAUUAGGUUUGGUCAACACCAGCCAGAAGUGCUUUCUUUGGUGGAAGCAAAGAUCUCAUGCUGUUCUCACCAGGUCUUUUUGGGAAUAGAUACAGGAGAAGCAUUUCAGGAUAGUAAGUUACCCAUAAAUCUGGUAGAAGAAAUGUGCUACGAUGUAGUUUAUAAUGGAUCCUCUGAUUAUUCUUUCAGAAGGGUUAAAAGCAUGCAACCAAUGCUUUAGGAAAUGGAAGAUGCACCAGAAGGCUCAGGUGCAUYGUCACAAGGAAAAGCAGUCGGAGAGACUGAGAAUGGGGACCCAGCAGAGAAGCCUCCACUUUCAGAACCUGCAGGCACAUCAGGGUCAGAGGUGGGCUGGGAGCAGCAGUCUCCUCAAGAGACGACUGGGCCUAAUUUUGAUGAAACUGUCCAGUCUCAGAAUCAGRGAUAUUUUCCUGGAAAAGUCAAUCAACAGGAUUACCACAUGCCUGAUGUCAUAACUGUUGGAGUACAAACAGACUCRGGUUCAUUUCAAGAAGUAGUUGUAAAAAUUGAAAGACCUACCUAUAAGAAACCUUUUCUGGGUGGAUUUAGGAACGUGUCAACAGGAGUGGAAUUUCAUAAUGCAGGAUCACAAACAAAACCCAMAAAACGACCUGACAAAGGAAUUCAGUUAUUUUCUAAGGAAACACAGACAGUUGUGGACAAAAAUAAGCUACAACAAACAAGAAAUACAACAUCRACACAGAUGACUAAAAUUGGCCUUUAUGUGUCAAACGUGACUGAUAAACUAAUAAGUCCUGGAAAGUAUUUUACAGCAGAAGAAUACCAUAAACGUAGACUUGAAGCAGUAAUAGUAAUACAGAAAUAUUUCCGUCGUUGGUAUGCUGUACGUUUAGUACAAAUUCUGCUGGAAGAAAAGAGGUUGAGGCUGGCAUGGGAGGCACAAGAAGAAUUACGGAAAAAAAGGGAGAGAGAAGCACUACUGAGAAGGGAGUAUGAGAAAAAACUGAACCCUAAAACAAGAGAAGACUUUGAGCUACUGUACCAUGACUUGGAAUUAUGGUUGCAGGAGGAGACUGAACGAAUUAACCAAACUCUUAGUGGAGCUGAAAGGAAGACAGCACUUUGUGCACUUCUGGAAGAAGAGACAGAGCUCAUUGCUUGCAUUGAGAUGCACAGACUGCAUGCCAAUGUGGAGAAUCAACAAAAAGCAAUACUGCACCUUCUGAAAAAGUGUGCACAACCUAGGAGAUGGAAAGCAUUUGAUGGAAGAAUCACUGAAAUGGCUACGCAGAGCUCGCUGCGUGGUAAAGAACUACUUGAAAUGUACAUCAGCAUUAGUGCAAAGGACAUCCCAAAAGAUGAGAGAAGAUCUGUGCUGUUAGCACUCAAAUGUAUMGUGAAGGAACAUGACUGUAAAUUAACACAGGAAAUAGUGGCAUUAAUUAACAGGGAACUUGAUCUUAUGUCAAGAGGGGUGAAGGAAUGCAACUUGGAAGGACUGAGGAAAAGAAUUUGUACAUUAUUUCUUCAGUAUGUUAAAAUUCCAGAGUUUAACCCUGAAGUUGCUAGGUUACUUAAGGUUCCACAAGAUCCCUUACAGCUUUAUAAAAACAUUUACUUCUGUCACAGCUGCGAAAAUUACUUACCAUCUUCUGAGUUUCCCAUUCCUUCAAAUUCCCGCACCAUUGGCAAAUGUCGCUCAUGUUACCAGCUUGAUAAUGAGGCUCGGCUACGAGAAGCAUAUUACAAGUAUAGACUUAUUCUAGAAAGUCUCAGGAAGGCUGAAGUUGAUUAUCAGGAUGACAGUAAAAUUGUUUUCCUAGUUCAGCUUCCAGAUAUGCAGUACUUGAUUGAGAAGAUAUGGAAUGGUCGGUCAGUUCUCAGUGCCUGCAGUGACCUGUAUGAUUUGGUUAUGGUCAGGUGGGAUAAGCAGCAGGAGUGGUCUCCAUGGAACACUAUUCUCCUCACCAAAACAGAGGCUGAUGCACAUCUUAAGCUAAUUGACCUUCAGCAGGCUUAUGAAGCUCCAUUUAUUGACAUAAUAAAGCAAAGGCAUAUCCGGGCAAAAAACUACUUUGCUCAGAUUCCUGCGAUGUCAUCAUUUUUGCGUAGAAAUGCAAAUCAGGCUAAUGCAAAUUCCUACAAAAACCAUAAUUCUUCGAAGUUAAAGAAGUGAACUAAAUUAUUAAUACCAUUUCCUAGGUUUUAAAGAAAUACACUUUUUUGUCAAUACCUUAGUUGUAUUUCACAGAUCAAAAUAAAUUUCUGARGAUAAAAUAAUUUGAUCUCAAUCCGUUAAUAGAACUGCAUUUCAAGUUUUGUAAUAUCAUAAAAAAAAUAAAAUGUUGUUAAAGAGCUUUGCAAAUUCUCAAUUUUUAGAGCAAUGAUUAKUUUUCUGUGUAUUACUGCAUUGCUUGGAACAUUCUGUGUGCAGUGUAAUAUUCCUGCUGGGCAAAUUCUGUUAAUUCUUUGUCACCCUUUAAUUAGAAAAAUAAUACUAUAGCACUCUAUUAAAUUUAUUUUUCUUGUUCAAGCAUGUCAGGUAGAAAACCCUUCCAACCCUGGACUCCUGCUGAACAACGAAAUCGUUAUCCCCUUGCAGAUGUACCUGCUUUGCACUGCAAACAUUUGUGCAAAAGAAUAACUUUACUUUUUACAGCUCAUCUAGAUGGUCAUAGUGGAACUGCCAGCAUGUAAUUAUUGUAUCCAAGAUCUUGAAAUUAUUGUAAUUAUUAUAAUUUUAAUAUCAUAAUCUGAAAUACACAGUUCAGACUGUUUGAAACAUGUUUAUUUUUGAAGAAUUUGUAUUAUUUGAAGAAGUAAAGUUUCUCCAUAACUAAAAAAGUUUAUGUUUGAUUAUAGUUACAGAGAAAAACAUGAUAUGGCAUAAAUUCAAAAAUCCAACAGAAAGUUGGAAGGUUCGUCUUGAAAUCUCUAUUAUAGAUGUGGUUUUAACUCAGCCUGUUGCUCUGAUAAAUGAAACUGUCUAGGAAAAAGCAGUAGCAUUUACAAAGAGAAAUAAACAGCAGAAAACUGGAUUGACUCCCCAACAGAACAUGAACUGUAGAAAUGGUACCUGGCUGACCAGUGCAUUUUAACAUCAGUGGAACCUUUCCAUUGAUUUUACAAUUACAUUCAGAAUUUUAGUUUAAUUAAAUUCUGGAUUUUAGUUCAGUACUGAGCUAAUUGUAGAAUUGCAGCACAUGAGCAUUCCAGUUGACUUACAUACUUUCUGAGAUCUGUGCCUUAAGACAGG